UGCUGUAUUUCCUGCUUGUGUUGAAUCAUGUGCUCCUGCAAUAUGGCGGGGCUGACUCGCGCCGACAUGCAGAAAUAUGGCAGGGGUUUUCUGUGGAUCUCCGCGCUGUUUCUGGCGCUCGCGGGUCGAGGAGACGCUCAGGCGGACGCCGGUAAUGUGCUGACGGUGGCAGAUGCCAACUGGACGCUGAUUCUGCAGGGCGAGUGGAUGAUCAAAUUUUAUGCCCCUUGGUGCCCUGCUUGCCAACAUUUACAAGCAGACUGGGAGGAUCUGGGAAGACAAAGUGACAGUCUGGGCAUUUCUGUGGGCAGGGUUGAUGUUACACAACAACCAGGUCUGAGUGGGAGGUUUCUGGUUACAACACUGCCGACUAUAUUUCACGCUAAAAAUGGAAAUUUCCGCAAGUAUGUUUCAUCGCGGACUAUAGAGGAUAUCCAAGCAUAUGUUGUGCACAGAAAGUGGGCGACGGUUGAGCCGGUGCCAGGAUGGAAGUCACCAUCAUCUCUCCUAAUGUCAGGAAUGGCUCAUCUGUUUCGACUCUCUGUGUGGAUCAGACAAAUCCACACGUACCUGACGAACACCCUCGGCAUCCCAUCCUGGGGUUCAUACGUGAUUUUCGCCAUCAUCACGCUCUUCAUGGGUCUGGUGCUCGGCCUGAUGCUGGUUUUGAUCGCUGACUGUAUUUGGCCGUCCAGACCCAAGCGCAGAGAAGACAAAACAGAAGUAACACUAAAGGAGGAGGUGUCAGAGGAGGAGGAGGAGGAGGAAGAGAAACCGGAUCUGGAGAGCGAGAGAGUGUCUGAAGAAUCGACUGAGGAAGAAACAGCAGAUGCAGAUGCAGAGACAUCAGUGAGACGCAGAGUGCAGAACAAGAGCACUACUGAGGGAACAUAACCAGUGCAAACCAUAGGAGGCAGUUUGGGACCAAACACACUCAAACAAUUGCGCAUACAAAUAUAUGUUUGCUCAUAUGAAACAUAUCUGGACAGUCUGCAAAUAUACACUUUACUUUUGUACAGUUUUUCCACAGUAUUUCCUAUAAUAUUUUUUCUUCUGGAGAAAGUCUUCUUUGUUUUAUUUUGGCUUAAAUAAAAGCGGUUUUAUUUUUUAAAAAACAUUUUAAGGUCAAUAUUAUUAGCCCCCUUAAGCAACAUUUGCUUUGGAUAGUCUACAGAACAAACCACUGUUAUACAAUGACUUGCAUAAUUACCCUAACCCGCCUAAUUAACCUAGUUAAGCCUUUAAAUGUCACUUUAAGCUGAAUACUAGUAUCUUAAACAAGUCAAAUAUUAUGUUAUCAUGGCAAAUAUAAAAGAAACCAGUAAUUAGAAAUGAGCUAUUAAAACUAUUAUGUUUAGAAAUGAAAUUGCAGGAAAAAUAUAGAGGAGGGCUAAUAAUUCUGACUUUAACUGUUUAUAGAUGAGCAAACAGAGAUUGGCGUAUUUCUUCUAAAGUGUUUUAGUCCCACUUAAGGAUGCUCCAGAUAUGUUUCGUAUAUGAGCAAAUAUAUAUUCAACACAGGCUCUUUGUGAAAAUGUAGCCCUUUAUUCAUUUCUAGAGAGAGCAAUUUAUAUAGGCAGAGGCACAUAUGGCUGCAUUUCAUCUUUAAAACAAAUGUUAAAGGGCAGUAUGACGCCAUCGAUGGCUUCCAGCUGACUGUUUACCUUUGUGUGGAUGGCUUUUCCGUUGUUACCAGUUUGCCUAGUGGUUUGCUGCGUAAAUCGGCGGAUUUGAGAUGCAAAAAGGAGUUGACUGCGGAAACGGGGUUCCAGAACAGUUCAAGAAACCAGGUAAAACUAAAACAAAGCCAAAAAAUAAAGUAAAUAACAGGGUGAAAAUGUGGUAAGAUCCGAAAACGUGGUAAACAUCAAGCGAGGGCUUUUCUUUUUCUGGAUUGAUUUUGAAAACACUGUUGUUUGGGUUUAGGGAAGGGGGUGGGUGGGGUAUCUGUCGGUCGUUCAGUUAGUCGACAGCGGCCUCUGGUGGAUUUAUGCGAGAACAGCAGGCGAAAUUGGCACUGGCGAGAGAAAUUUGACUACUAAAAAAAAAAAAAAAAAAAAAGCGUACACAGCGGCCUCUGGUGGAUUCAACAAAAACUGCAAAAAAAAAAAGCACCCCCGAGGACGUAUUUGGCGCUCUCCAGGAAUGUAUACCGGGGUACAUAAUAAUAAUAAGCCUGGGUUGCAUAUAUUUGUACGCGCAAAUGUUUCAGCGUGUGGUUCCAAAUGGCUUCCCAUAGCAAACAGCACCAAAAACAACUGCAAUCCACGCCAUAUCCGUAAGAUAUGCAAAGCAGCGGCUGCCAACUGCUCAUUUCUGCACACACACAUCACGGUUUGAGCUUCUCUCCGCUUUUAUUCACUUACUGCAGUUUUUAAGAGUAGUUGCUUCAAUUUAUGAUGCCAAAUUUUGAUGGAUGUUCUCUUGUAAACACCAAAAAUAAGCAUAAGCAUAAAUUGAAAUUUUUUUAAUGCAUUAGGAUAAAACAAUAUGUUUACAUGUAAUGUAUUUGGACAGGGGUGCCCAAACUCGGUCCUGGAGGGCCGGUGUCCUGCAAAGCUUAGUUUUAACCCCAAUCACACACACCUAGACUAGCUAAUCAAGCUCUUACUAGGCUUUCUAGAAACAUCCGUGCAGGUGUGUUGAGGCAAGUUGGAGCUAAAUCUGCAGGACACUGGCCAUCCAGGAGCAAGUUUGGGCACCCCUUUAUUAGGAUGAACCUAAAACAGGGGUCACCAAUCUCGGUCCAGGAGGGCCGGUGUCCCUGCAGGGUUUAGCUCCAACUUGCCUCAACACACCUGCCUUGGUGUUUCUAGCAUACCUAGUAAGACCUUGAUUAGCUUGUUCAGGUGUGUUUGAUUAGGGUUGGAGCUAAAAUCUGCAGGACACCGGCCCUCCAGGAACAAGUUUGGUGACCCCUGACCUAAAAGAAAAACAAAAUCUGGCUCAUAUUUCACCUCAAAUGGAAUUUUUUUUUUUUGUAUUUGUUGAUUGAUGAUGAUUAGGCACAGUGUUUUUAAACUGCAGUGUUUAUACUUAAUGGUAGUAUUUGUUAUGCUGCCUUUAUACACGUUUGUAAUAAGUAUUUUAUACAUUAUACAAUUAUAAUUCAAAAUGUAUAUGAUUAAAUAAUUGUAAUUUUAUAGUUUUGCAUAUCCAUCAGUUUUAUGCUGUAAUAAAUUACAGAAAUAUGAACAGAAAUCCUGAAAAUUGUAUAAUGCAAAUAUUAUAAUGAGAAUCUUAAAAGAAAUGUGUAUAAUCAUCAUUAAUGUCACAAUGAAUCUUUCUUCCAAGAUAAAAGUAUUUAAGAACGUUUGUAUUUACAUAAUAUAUACAUGUGUACUCUGUAUAUUUAUGUAUAUAUGUGUAAAUACACACAAGUACUGUACAUAAGAUACGAAAAUAUACACAAUUAAUAUUUUUGCAUUUAUAUUUCUAUAUAAUUUGUAUUUAUAUAUAAUUUGUAAGGCCAGUUUGCAUGUUCUCCCCUGCGUUCACGUGGGUUUCCCCCGGGUGCUCCGGUUUCCCCCACAGUCCAAAGAUAUGCCGUACAGGUGAAUUGGGUAAACUAAAUUGUCCGUACUGUAUGUGUGUGUGUGUGUGAAUGAGUGUGUAUGGGUUUCCCAGUGAUGGGUUGCGGCUGGAAGGGCAUCUGCUGCGUAAAACGCGCUGGAUAAGUUGGUGGUUGAUUCCACUGUGGCGACCCCAGAUUGAUGAAGGAACUAAGCCGAAAAGAAAAUGAA